UUUUUUUGCCAACCCAUGUCCAGAAAACGGAAAGGAUGUGGCCUGGCUUCCCACCCAAGCGGGAAAAAAAAGGAACAGAAAAGAUCCGACAUUGGCCAAUCUGUUAUACCAGGUAAUGAAGCAAUGAAUACGUAACUGAGGACUUCACAGCAUCUGGUUCUCUUAAGCCCCUUCCUCCUCCCAAUGGCUUCUCAAAUCCAAUUCUCUCAGUUGAACACAGGGAACUUCAGAGAAAGCAGCAAUGGAGCUGGAACUGGGACUCAAAAUAACCAGAACCAGAGAUGACCUCACCUCCGACCUUCGAAUAACCAAGGACCGCGCCGGCCCUCUCUUCUUAUUGAGAGAAACAGAGACCAUGUUCAUACUUACUGCUUAUCUAAAAGGCUUCAAGAAAGAAAAAAUCAGGAUUGAGAUAAAUGAAGAUGGAACCCAAAUUUUGAUUAGUGGCGAAAAGCUCAUUCAGGAGAUGGUUAUGGAUAGAUGGAUAAUGCACAGGAAAGAGGUAGAAAUCAGGGGAUUCAAGAAGGCCUUUCGGAUUCCAGAUGGUGUCAUUCUGGACAAAACCAAGGCGAAGUUCAAUGAAGAAGAAGCAAUUCUGUCCAUUUACAUGCCAAAAUCAGCGAAAGGAGUCCGAGGUGUUGGACUUGAGGAAAUGGAAAUAAAGGAACAUGAUUCAGCUGGAGGGAAAUCUGAAACCAUGCCAGAAGCUGCGGAACCAAAGAAACUUGAACAAUCAGAAAUGCCAGCUCUGCCCCCGGCUGUAAAAGCUCAGGACGAACUUCCUCGAGUAGAAAGCCGAAAACCAGAACAAUCCCAAGAACGCCGUGGCCCAGAUAUCAUAGAACCCAUCGAGUCUGAACCUGAUCAAGUGCCUCAACUAUUGGAAACUCUAGAUCAAGAAAAACCUGCAGCCCAACAAAUAAAUGAAGAUGGCAAGCUCUGCAGAGAUGAGGAAGUUAGAGCAGGGAGCGGGAUGCAAAAAAGCAAAGCAGCAGAUGUUGAACUUCCCAACAAGCACGAUGAAACAAAAACAGAGCAAGAUCAGCAGCUCGCCCAUAGGGAAUCUCCACAGACAGAAAAGGGGAGAAACAGCUUCGACCAAUCCACUCAAACAGAGUUACCAGCCUCCAAAGGUUCGUUGUACGGUCAUUUUAUCUUUGGAGGAUCGGCCAUUCUUGCCACUAUUGUAGCUUUUGUCGUUCAUUUACGUCGAAAGAGAAAAACAGACUGAAAGUUCAGGAUGGAACAGUUGACUUGAUAAUGGCUCAAUGCAAAUUAAAUAAGACGUCUCCAUUCGUUGAUCAAUCAUCAAUGCUAACAUACUAUAGGGGCCAUAAUGUAAGUUCCAUGAUUUUUGCAAAGAUCUCGUGAAAUUUCGUCUUUCUAUUUUUGUUUUGCUAGU